AUGUCUCAAGAUUCAAACUAUUAUGCCCCACCACCCAUGACAGCUCCGGCGCAUAUAACCUCAUUUUCACAAUCCCUUGCAGCUCCCUACUAUCCACCCCCGCCAAAGCAGCCUUCAAAUGGAGUAUAUACCCCAGCCACUCCACCGGCAGAGAGCCCCCAACCCCAUCGACAAACCCCAAGUAGGGAAUAUGCAGCCCCUCCGACGUCCGCGAGCCCGCCCCAGGACCCAAUCGCCUACAAUCAAGCUGCUUUCAAUUACAAUAGCGCUAUUGGAAGGCAGCCAGUGAGUCCGCCUCAGCAAGAUCCAAUCGCCUACAACCAAGCGGCUUUCGAACAAAAUCAUGCUAUUGCAAUGCAAACAGUGUCUGGAGGAACCCCAGAACAUGCUUCAGAACAUGGAGAACUCACUGGGACAGGUGGAAUGAACCUGGAUGAUACUGGCGUCUUCAAUGGUGGAAGUUACAGGAUCAGCCACCGAGAUAGCAACUCUGUCUUGACCGUACAACUGGCAAUGGGCUGUCCUUUGAAUAUCAGACCUGGUGCCAUGAUUGGAAUGUCUACAACGAUCACAUUGAGGGGAACCAUCUCAUUCUCAUUGAAGAAACUCCUCAUUGGGGGCAGCAUGACUAUGUCCCACUACAUCGGUCCUGGUGAGCUCCUGCUGGCACCUUCCAUGCUGGGAGAUAUUAUAGCCCUCCACGUAGACGAACCAAAGGAAUGGAAAAUCGGACGCGACGCCUUGCUUGGAUAUACCGCUGGUAUCGGGCAUAAGCACCAGUCCCAAGGUCUAUCCAAGGGUAUGUUCUCCGGUGAGGGAUUCUUCGUCUACAAGAUCACAGGAAGUGGGAUCCUUUGGAUGCAAAGUUUUGGUGCAAUCAUCCGGAAAGAUCUUGAGGAAGGCAUGAGCUACUUUGUCGACAAUGGCCACCUUGUGGCUUGGGACUGCAAGUACAAGAUGGAGCGUGUGGCCUCUGGAGGUAUCGUCUCCGGCGUUACCUCUGGCGAGGGUCUUGCUUGCAGAUUUACGGGGCCUGGAACUGUCUACCUACAGACCAGAAACCUGAAUGCCUUUUCUGCCCAGAUGAAGUUGAGUGCUGCAAAGGGUUGA